GUUAUGUCUGAGAUUCCUAACACCACAAAUACCAACUUCUACUUUAUCCUCACUGGUAUUCCUGGAUUUGAGGCUUACCACAUCUGGAUCUCCAUUCCCUUCUGCUGUAUCUACACCAUCUCCAUCAUGGGCAACACCACCAUUUUAUCCACCAUACGUAGAGAGCCGUCUCUCCACCAGCCUAUGUACCUAUUUCUCUCCAUGCUGGCCCUGACUGACCUGGGCCUCACCCUCACCACCCUGCCCACAGUCAUGCAGCUUCUCUGGUUCAAUAUCCGGCAUAUCAGCUUUGAAGCUUGCUUUGCCCAGUUCUUCUUCAUACACACAUUUUCCCUAAUGGAAUCUUCUGUCCUGUUGGCCAUGUCUUUUGACCGCUAUGUGGCCAUCUGCCGCCCCCUACAUUAUGCCACCAUCCUCACUAACGAAGUCAUUGGCAGGAUUGGAAUAGUCGUCGUUUUCCGCUGUGUUGUGGCUGUACUUCCCUCUCUUUUCCUACUCAAGCGUCUACCCUUUUGCCGCUCCCACCUUCUCUCUCACUCCUACUGUCUUCAUCAAGAUAUGAUUCGUCUGGUCUGUGCUGAUACCCGAUUCAACAGUUGGUAUGCACUGGUGGUGGUUUUGCUCAUUGUUGGAAUGGACCCUUUACUCAUUGUGUUGUCCUAUGCAAUGAUUCUGAAAAGUAUUUUGGGCACAGCAAGCUGGAAUGAGAGGUUGAGAGCUCUCAAUAACUGUCUGUCCCACAUUCUAGCUGUUCUGGUUCUUUAUAUUCCUAUGGUUGGAGUGUCUAUGACUCAUCGAUUUGCCAAACAUGCAUCUCCCUUACUCCAUGUUAUCAUGGCUAAUGUCUAUCUGUUAGCCCCCCCUGUGAUGAACCCCAUCAUUUAUAGUGUAAAGACUAAGCAGAUCCGUCAGGGAAUCAUCCAUCUCUUCUUCCCCAAAAAAGUACACUAA